GACAACGCCGUUGACUUCUUCACACCAAUCGUCCAAAUCACCCCUGGAUCGCCGGUGAUGGAGAUCCUGAGUCCGUCGCCGCCACCCAGCCACUGCCCACUCCUACGCUGCGGCGGUCACUGGGAGCAGCACCACGGCGAGACGUGGGUCCACGUGGCUGUCGGGAGGUCGCCGGAGAAGACGCUUUCGCUGCUACGAUGGGCCCUGCGCCGCUUCGGUUGCAGCCGGAUCGUCCUGCUCCACGUCCACCACCCGUCGCCGCUCAUCCCAACCCUCUUAGGAAAGAUCCCCGCGGUCCAAGCCACAGAGGAGGUGGUGCUCUCCCAUCGCAAGUCCGAGAAGGAGGAGAUGAACAAGAUCCUCCUCACCUACCUCGCCUUCUGCCACAGAGCCAAGGUCCAGGCCAGGCUUCUUGUCACGGAGAACGGCCAAAUCCACGACGGCAUCCUCAGUCUGGUCGACCAUCACAGGAUCACCAAGCUCGUAAUGGGUUCUACACCCGAUAAUUGCUUCAAGUUAAAAUAUGGCAAAGAAUCUUUAAUGGCCAGCAGUGCUCCUGCGUUUUGUCAAAUCUGGUUCGUGUGGAGAGGAAGGCACAUCUGGACCAGAGAAGCGAGUGCAGCCACCGACAAUGCUACCCCAGUUCAGUACCAAUAUGAUGUGAUGACUACAAAAAGAAUUAGGUUCAGUUCAUAUACUGACAACACUGGAGCCAUACUUGAUGAAGGAUAUCCUGCGCAUGAGGCAUUAACAACAGUUGAUCUAAAUCAAGGUGUUGUUUCAGAUUGUGGUCAAUCUAAUGAUUAUGAAGCUUUUGGGGAACAUGAGGUCAACCAUUUACGCGGUAUGAGCAUUUCAGAUUGGCAAGAUGAUACAGAACCAGAACUCAACUCAACAUUUUGGUCUCGUUCUUCAAUACAUGCUGAUACAUUACAGUUAGAUCCUAAGGAGGUAUUGGCUAAUGUCAAACAACUAAUGAUGGAAGCUGACAGAUCAAGGAAAGAAGCGUUUUCUGAGUUGAUGAAGCGUAAAGAAACGGAGUCAAAAGCUGCGAGUGCUUUUGCCAAGACAAAAGAUUCUGAUUCUGCCAAAAAACAUGAAAUAGAAAUGAGGGAGGAACUUGAAGUUGUAUUGGUAGACACAAGAAAGCAGCAUGAAGACCUUAUAAAGAAUAAAGAGAGAGCAGUAUCAGUACUGGACUCUUCUACGAGGAGAUCAGCUAUUCUAGAUGCCCAUGCUGAAAAAAUAAAGCUUCAGAUAGAUGAGUUCUCGGCAGAGCUUGAAGUGAUCCAAUCUUCCAUAGAAACUCUUCGCCAGAAGAAACUAAAAAUGCAAAGGCUAGAAAGCAAACAUAUUGACCUGGAUAAGGGGUGCACAUACAGCCAUGCCACACUGUCAAAUUGCGCCUCAAAUGCUUUUGGAGAUGAUUUAUACGGCUUCAGAGAAUUUACAGUGUUGGAUAUGCAAUCUGCUACGUGUAAAUUCUCAGAGAGCUUCAGGAUGUGGUCGCAAGGUCGUGGGUGUGUUUACAAAGGAGAAAUUAUGAACAGAACUGUGAUGAUCUAUAAGCUGCACUGCCAUAGCAUUGAGAGCGUGAGGCAGUUCCAGCAAGAGGUUUAUAUCCUCAGCAAUGUGAGGCACCCUCAUCUAGUGACACUGGUUGGGGCGUGCCCGGAAGCGCUGUGCCUCGUUUAUGAAUACCUGCCAAACGGGAGCCUUCACGACCGCCUCUUCAGCAGACGCAGCAGCCGUCACUUGCCGUGGAGAAUUCGUGCACGCAUCGUCGCCGAGAUCUCAGACGCGCUGCUGUUCUUGCAUUCCUGUAAGCCUCAGACGAUCGUACACGGCAACUUGAAACUCGAGAACAUCCUUCUAGAUACCGAAUGCCAUUGCAAGAUAGCCGAUUUCGGUAUCUCUCGGCUAUUCACAGGCGACGUGAAGGAUUACCCGUCGGGGGGUUCUGAGCCUCCGGAAGGGUCUUUUCCCUACGCAGAUCCGGAGUACAUGAGAAGCAAAGUGUUGACACCCAAGUCUGACGUAUACUGCUUCGGAACCGUGAUACUCCAGCUACUGACCGGAAGACAGGAGCCUGCACGGCGGCUUGCUGGUGAAGUAAGGUGUGCCAUGGCUUGUGGCAAGCUAUCGUCAAUUCUCGACCCUGCUGCUGGGCAUUGGCCUAUGGAGGUGGCCGGAAGGCUAGCGGAACUGGGCCUGAGGUGCAGUGAGGACAGAAGCCGGGAUCGCCCAGACCUGACUGCUGAGACCGUACGAGAGCUGGAACAGCUACACUUGACGAGGGAGGAGGAACAAGCACCCUCCUCUUUCCUGUGCCCGAUUAUGCAGGAGAUAAUGCAUGAUCCUCAGGUGUGCGCUGCUGAUGGGGUGACCUACGAAGGGCGGGCGAUCCGUGAGCGGAUGGAGUUGGAGACUGGGCAGGGGACAGCGCCUCUGAACAACCUGAAACUGGAGCAUCUCAGUCUCACACCUAACCACGCCCUUCGGUUCGCUAUCCAGGAUUGGCUUCGUCGCUCUCGCCGAUGAAACUUUUUGCCUGGCGUUUCUUUUGGGUUUUCGACCUGUACAGAUUUCACGUGUAAAGGGGUAUAGCAUAUCUGCAUAUGAAUAAUUUGAAUAGCUGUUCUAAGGUUUUGUCUGUACUUCAUGAAAUGUAUCAGGAUGCAUGUACGCGGCAAUGCAGCUUCAGGAUCGAUCGCAUAAAUCUUAAAAUAAUACUGUC